UUUGGUUGUUUGGAUUUGUUGUUCCCUUGGCUCCUGCUCUGUGAGGAGGUCACCAUGCAGGAAAAAGGUGUUUCCUGUGAAAAUGCUGACAGAAAGAGCCUGGGAGACAGCCGGAUGGCCGUUUGCCGGAAACGUUCCGGUUCGAGCUCUGUGCUUUCCGCAAACUGGCUCCUGCCUAGUUAAAAGGGCAGAACUGGGGCGUGCUCUGUCUUGCCAAGGAGAGCAGUCCCCACCAGAGCCCAUAGGGCCCUGGACCCUGGCCACACCACUGAUUUCAUGUGCUGCUCCAGCCCCAGUGCCAGGUGGAGGGAGGCAUGAAGUGGGAGAGGAAAAAGCAAGGAGGAAACUUGAGGCCAAAGAGAGGGUGAGGCAGAAACUGAGAGGAAGACAGACAGACAGAACCAACCAACGGACAAGAAAGCUGCAUACAGCCCACGCCUUGGCUUGGAAGCCCCUUGUGGCCAGCAGCACCCAGUAUCCAGACCGAGAUGGCACAGCUGCUGUUGUUACUCUUUUGUCUCUAUUUCUGGCCAUGGAUUGGGAGCUCUGCUCAAGAGUUGGACCCUAAUGGGAAGAAUGUGUGCAAGGCCACCAGCCUCUCUGCAGGUCUGGUCUGCUGCCCAGGUUGGAAACAGGAAGGCAGGGACUGCACAGCUGCGCUGUGUGAAGGGGAGGAUGCUUGCAAGGUGGAUGAAGUGUGUGUGAGACCUGGGAUCUGCCUCUGCAAACCUGGUUUCUUUGGAGCCAACUGCAACUCCCGCUGCCCUGACCAGUACUGGGGCUCGGACUGCAAGAAGAGCUGUUCAUGCCAUCCCAAUGGGAAGUGUGACCCUGUGAGCGGCCAGUGCACUUGCAAUGCCAACCGCUGGGGAGUGCUCUGCGAGUUCCCAUGCCAGUGUGGGCCUCAUGGCCACUGCAACACCCGCACUGGAGCCUGUCACUGUGAGCCAGGCUGGUGGGGACCGAACUGCAAGAAGCAGUGUCUGUGCAGGGUGGCCGGCUCCCACUGUGACCCUGUCUCAGGGCAGUGCGUCUGCACCCAGGGCUGGUGGGGCAGGAGAUGCAGCUUGAGAUGCAACUGCCACCUCUCACCCUGUGCCCAAGACUCAGGCAGGUGUGAGUGCAGGGCUGGGUUUUGGGGGCCAUUGUGCCAACAUCAUUGUGACUGCCUGCAUGGGAACUGCAACCCUCUUGAUGGGCAUUGCAGCUGCAAUCCUGGCUAUCAGGGCAGGAGCUGUGGGGAUCCCUGUCUUGCCGGUUAUUACGGAUCUCAGUGCAGAUACAGCUGCGGGCACUGCAAGCAGAGCCAGCCCUGCUCUCCUGUGGAUGGGUUCUGCCUGGCAUGUGACUCUGGCUGGAACGGUACCCUCUGUAAGAAGCUGUGCACGCCUGGAUACCAUGGGGAGAACUGUGCACAGAUGUGUCCCAGCUGCCGAAAAGGGGAGACCUGUCAUCCAGAGACAGGGGCUUGCUUGAACUGUGACCCUGGCAAGACAGGACCCAGCUGUGACGCACCCUGCCCUGCUGGAACAUUUGGAGAUGGAUGCCGGUUCACCUGUCCAGACUGUGUUAAUGGGAGCUGUGAUCCAGUGGCUGGGGAGUGUAUCUGCCAGGCUGGCUAUUGGGGCACCAGCUGCAAUGAGACCUGCCCAGAGGGUUUUUUUGGAGCGAACUGUUCUUCCCCCUGCCACACACACUCUGGGGACUGUGUGCUCAGAUCAAAGCACCAGGGAGCCCUGAUAGCUGGCAUUCUCAUCCCAUUACUCCUCCUAUUACUCUGUGUCACCUGCUGUUGCUGUUGCUGUGGAACCAGCCAGUUGGAUGCCAGAGACAGGAUGGCUGUUGCUGAUGGUGAUGCGGUCUCCAGAAUGAAACAUCAUGUGCAGGGGGUGCUGGCAAAUCUCAGCUCCAUGUUACCUUGCCUCUCACUGAGUGGCUACAAACUCCCCCGAGUCACAGUCUCCCACCAUGACACAGAGAUUCCCUUCAAUCCCAGCUUCAUUGAACCGCCUUCUGCUGCCUGGGCCUCAGACAGCUCCUUCUCCUCUUCCUUUGACACGGACGAUGAGGGCCCAGCCUACUGUGUCCCUGCCAGAGAAGAUGUUCCUGCAGUGGCAGGCUUUGAGCUUCAGGAAGGCAGCUCCAAGUGUCAUGAAUUUCCUGAUGCAUCAGCAUUUAACUCCGAGGACGUCUCCCAGCCUUUCACCAUCCCCCGCACAUCCAGCAUUGCCAGAGCCAAGAGGCCCUCGGUGUCUUUUGCAGAAGGAACUAAAUUUGGCCCUCAGUGUCAAAGAGGUCCCAUGGAGACACCAAAUACCACUCGGAAGCCCAAAGCUCCCUGGGGUCUUACCAAACUUCCCUCUCACCAGCACCAUGCUGACCCAGAGGAGGGGCCCCAGCAGGGUGGGUCGCCAGGUGACUGUUACGAAAACCCAGAGCCCAUCUCCAAGGCUGAGGAUAGCCACCGGCCCUCCCCCAGGGGUACCCCAGGAGGCCAUAGGAUGGCAGUGUCCAGUGGCAGUCAUGUGGCCCAGAGAGUCGAGGCCCUUGAGGCAGCUUUGAAUCCAAACACUUUGGAUGUUAGGGGGAAGGAGCAGAAUGUCACAACCAUUUACGUGACUGUGGGGACAGCAGGGAAAUCCUCCAAGCCCAAUGAGAGUGCCAAUGGAAGCAGAGAGGGGACAGUUCAGGCUGUACUGAAACGUUUGGGUAGCUUCCAGAGAGUAAAAAGGGCUUUCAGGGAGGAGCCCAUGGUGAGGAAAAGUACUGAAAGCAUCCAGAAACCUCCCCGCAGGGCCCUGGGCCCAGAGAGGGACUCCAGAGACCUGUUCCCCCAGCCAGCCCCUCCACACAAGGACAGCUCCAAGACAACAGGUCUGGAGCCCUGUGAGUCACCUGCGCUCCUUACAGAUAGACACCAGAUAGAUGUUCCUGUGAAGAGAGAACCUCUCAUCCCCACAUCUCCUAUAUUUGAAAGACAAGUGGCUCAGGAGGGAGAAGAUGGGGUUACAGGGGACCCCAAGAAGAGUGAAAGUCUUGAAGAGACCAGAAGCCUAGAAACAAAUGAACAGACUGUUGUUGAGGAGGAACCCAAAUAUGAAAAUGUGUCUCCAAAUCGCUGUCCUUCAGACGAGCCUCCUGCCACCUCCCCUGACUGUGCGGCCAACACCUGAAAACCCACCCAGGACCCAAAUCCUGCCUCUGUUUCAGAACUGUGACAGUCAUCACGAUGGAGCUGUGGCCACAGGGGGCAGUGUUCCUUGCAGGGCAGGCCACGAGUUAUUGAAGAGUGCUAGGUUUGCAAGAUGUCUGGUAUUAGAGGGAACCCAGAAUUUCACCUCCCAGACAUGCCACAUGAACUAGAUUAUUGUCUAGUGUUACCAUUAAAUCUCUGUGUGUCCCGCAGGGUCAGGUUCUGCAUUGCAUGUUAAUGUUCAAAUGAGGCAACUUGCUGUGAGUAGCAAUGUUACCUCAUGGGGCCACAGAGAUGCCCUCCUGAGUUCCAUGUUAGUCUUGCCAUGAAUCAUUACCAAGGAGGUACUGUGCUGCAGGCAAGUCAGUUCAGGCACCUCCAAUACAAGUAGAUUAGUCAGAAGAAGUGAUUGUACCUGACAGCAUGUUUAUUUGGUGACUGUGCUCUUAGCUUGCUGGGCUGACCAAUAAGACAAGGUUAUGUUUUAGGAAAAUACCAUCCAUGUGAGGUUCAGGAGUCCGAAUUACAGCGGAGUAACACAGACAGCCGAUGCACGUGAGGUGUCACGCCCCUUGACAGGUUACCUCUCCUUCGAGUCAGGUACUUAUAUGGGCGCGUCACCAGGGGGGCACUGACCACUAGUGAUGCUUCCUUUUGGCCGUCCUGGGGAUUAGCUCUGGCCAGGCAUUAUGCCCUCCUCCAGCAGUGUCUCUCCCAUUGUCCUCUUGCUGUCUGCCACUCAAGGGGCUCCCUUUUCAUGACUUGGCCCUCCAGCCAAGUCACCAUGUGUUUUCCCCCUUCCAGGGGGUGUGUAUCAAAGUUCCUCCAUAUGAAAUGGCAGUCUUCCCAUUACUGCUGAAACCUGCCACUCCUCCAGUGGCUGGUAGGGGGACCCGGGCCCUCCCUCUACUCUGGUUCCCAGCUCAGGGGCCCUCUCAUUGGCAGCCAGUCUGACCUACCUCAUACCUUGUGGCUUUUUCCAUGAGCCUUGCCUACCUCUCUGCGUUUGCCAGCCCAAACUCCCCCCUCCCACUGAGUAACUGUAGGGUACUUGCCUCUAGCCCCAGACACACCUCCCUUCUCCCAGGGAGUGACUGCAAACUCCUUCCCUGCAGCCGCCUUUCUGCUGCCAAUUUCCUGGCUGUAUAGCUCCAACCCAGUUCCUUCCUCAUUCAGUCAGGGGAUUGCCUAGCAACCUGAUCCCUCAGUUGUGGCUUGUUGGGUUACACAGGGAGUCUGUGGCAGAGCCAGGGCUUCAACCCAGGUCUUAAAACCAGCCUUCCUACCCUUACCGGUUACAGUGGUCUCUUCAAAUCCUUGCCAGGCUCCAAAACCAGAUCUGCAAGGACAGUCUUGCCUGCAGCCUCCCAUUGCUCUUGGUAGAAAACAGAGGGUUCAGUGAUCCUGCCCCACUCCCAACUCUCCUUGUCAGGCAACACACUGAGCAGAGCAGACUUUAUGCACAAGCAAAGAAAGUGUCUGCUUGGGGCUUGAGUCCUCUAGCCCCACAUGCUAACGGGACUUGGCAGCUCCCAUGCCAGCCCUAUUUCCCUCCCUUGCAGGAGGAAAUAACACACUGCUAGCCCCUGCUAUCAAUAUGCUUAUGAGGGCAGGGAGCAGUGACUUGGCUCCCUAUUCAGGGAGCUCACAAACAGAGCCUGACUGGUGCUGAGAGUGCCAUGGUCAUCAUUGCCCAUUUAGCCCAUGGGACCCCUGCAGAGAGCAGCACCCACACCUCCCUCCCUGACUAUUGUCAGUUGCUCCCCACAGGGGACUCUUUCUGACUCAGCAGCACUGAUGGGACCAGCUGAAAAUCCUAAAAUUAGAAGCAGUGCCAGUGGGGAAGUGGGACAGAAAGACAGCCCUGCAACCAGUUCCUGCCACUGAGCCCAGACUGCCAUGUCACAAAGGAGCUGGGACUGGACUCCUGAAAAUCCCCAGAUGGAGAACAUAGCUGGGGCUGUGAGCAUAAAAGCUCCAGGGACUUGGGAGAAUGUUUCCAGAGAGCAGCUUUCUGUGGGGCACUUGGGUCACAUAUGAAUGAUUCUGGGACCCCAGGAAGUGUUUCCCCCUCACCUCAUGGUGUUUUCUAUCUUGCCAAUGUUGUCUUGCUGAGCGAUGCAUUUCAGCCUUUAGGUGCAACAACACUACCUUUGGGCUAAGAUGUGGUGGGAAGGCAGCUGUCUGUUUCCACCAAGAUCUCACAAUGUAGCCAUUAUACCAGCUGUGCAGUAAAAAAUGCUCCAUUCCCCUGCUCCCCUCUGAGGCAUUAUUGCCACUGUGGGCAUCAGUCAAGCGGGCUGUGUGUGCUUCUCCUGCCAAGGGAGCAGGCCCCUCCCUGCCAUCAGCACUGGGGAGCACUCCUGCAGGGCAUACUGGCUCACAGAGUAGCUCUCUGUCUCACACGCUGGGGACUGUGUACAAGUUCUUUUGUGUUAAUGCAGUGAAGGAACCUUCAGACAACACCUGCAGCUGAGUUACAGGGACAAUGCAGAGAGCACGUGCACUAAAAUGUCUAAUAAACAGAAAACUGGGGUGAUGGUGACUCUGCUUCUGCAUCCAUUUCUUAGCAGUAAUCUAAAACAGCUCUUCGUGGCUUAUGAGUCCUGAAGUCACCUCUCCCCCAGAACUCACCCCGCACAGGUAGCAGCCUUUUCAGAAGUUGGAGAAUGCUACAUGGCAUCCCUCUACAUACAGGGAGAUUUCCCCUAAAGUGGGUUUCUCUUAUCGGUCAGUCCAUGUCAUCUACAUGCAGCAUAUCUAAAGCAGCCUCAGUGGAAUUAAUUUUAGCAGCUUAUCUACAGAGAAUAUCUGGGUUUGUGCAAAUUUAUCAAACUACUUUGGCUUACAUGGAAGGAUCUAAACAUAUUAAUUUCUACAGCUACACUUAAUGUAUUAAAAGGUCCAUGCUAUAAUGUAGAGUUUAUGUGCAGGUUUCCAAUAUACCAAGAAACCUGCACUGAUAUGCAAGUGUGAAGGAACCUUAGAGCAAAUGUAUUGUAGUGGUCUGAGUCUAACAGGAUUUGUAAAUUUAGUGCCGGAGGAAAAUAUUUUACCUUUCCUGACUAGCAUGAAGAGUCCAUGUAGAAAGCAGCAUUGCCAAAGUUUCUCCAAACCAUUAACUUCUAUCCAAUGGGGAAAUUGUAAUUUCAAUUCCCUUAAUUACAGCUUUAAACCAUACACUGCCAACAAAUGCCUCAAACAUGACACCCUUACACCUGGGCAAUGAGGUCGUCCCACUUGGGUGGACGGGACCAGCCCUGUGCACUCAACAGGCAACAAGCAAGAUGAGAUGGGAUGAGGCAAUCCUCAGUGCUAAGGGAGCCAGGAGUGGCUCAGAAAAAUAGUUUAUUUGAUUCCCUGAGUAACGAGAUUUGGUGUUAGGCACCUUGAGAAAUACUUGAAACUGGUUCUAAUUCAAGAAGCCAAGUCUAAAGAGCAUUUAUAGCACUGAGCAGGGUUUGGGUUGAUUUGUCUAAUGUGGUUCUUACAUGUUUUCUUGUGUUAAUCUGAGUGAUGUGGAGGCCGCUGAAUGUAAAUAGUUCUUAGUUAAGCCUAAAAUGAGCUCAGUUCCACAAAACCAAAGACAAAACCAAAAAUAGUCUCAGAGAUUUAGGGUGACUCAGCUCUGCUGUCCUGUGCAUUGUUUCAGCUUCUGGUUUGUUUAAUUCUUAAAUUUAAUUUAUAAAUCUGAACAUGCAGAGACAACAAUAGCAGUAAAAACAGCUGUGAGAGAGGGACAGGUUGGGAAUGUCUCAGCAUGAGUAAAUUGCCAGCUGUACCUCAUUUAUUAAUCCUUAUGCUGAUCUCAGUGAUCUGAAAGUCAUUGAUUUUGUCUUUCAACUUUCAAGGUUAAAAUGCUUUCAAAUAGUCAAAGUUUGCGAACAGACUUGGUCAGAGAUUUUAGUUGUUUUUCUUUCUAGUAGAACAUCUCCAAACAGGAGAGUACUUGUGUGCCUUGGAUCCGUUAUUUCCUCAUUGGUGGUUUUGGAAAAUUCUACAUCAGGGUGUUUCAGUUUUGAAACUAAUAGUUGUAUUUUUUUAAAGCGCCUUUGCCAUAUGCCCUGUAGUCUGCUUGACAAGAAUUGUAGCCGCAUCAUCUAGGGUUUGUGCAGACAGAAUGUAAUGUUAUUCCAGUAGAAUCCUAGAUUUGCGCAUGCCCCAUGUGGUCAAGUCCCUUUUUGGUAAUUAUUGGCUUCUGUUUUUAAGGUAUUUUAUUACAAUGGCAGAAAUGCAUCAGAAUAAGCUGUAUAUACAGACAUUUUUCUAAUCAGAAUGGGAUAUUUAUAUCCA